CCCCUUUAUUAGAAGCCACCCAAUUUUCCUACUCCUUUUCCAAUUCUCUCUUUUUUCUUCAUCUUUCUCUGCCCCCUCUCUCUUCAGGGCUCACUGCUCAGCCCAUAACAACCCUUGUUAUCUCACCUCCUCCCAAUCCUCCGCCUUCCACGGCGGCGGCACCAUUUGAGAAAAGAAAGAGUUCCGAUCAUGUCAAGUUUAUAUGGUCAAAACUACUCACCUGCUAGAGCCGCUUCAUCUCCACAUAUAUGGGCCAAUCCAGAUGUUGAAAGUUCAUAUCUGGCAGAGUUACUUGAAGAAAAGCUGAAGCUUGCCCCUUUCAUGAGAGUUCUUCCCAUUUGCAGUAAAUUAUUGAAUCAAGAGAUAUUCAGGGUUUCAGCAAUGAUACCAAAUCAAGGUUUUAACGACUUUGACAGAAUGCAACGUGGUUGGAGUCCCCUUCAACAAGAGAGACUAAGCGUGCCACAAGGAUUACCAAUGGAUCACUGGAAUUCUGCACCAGCAAGCCCAAGUUCAUUCAUUACAAAGAGGAUCUUGCGUUUGGAUAUACCCGUUAACAGUUUUCCAAAUUUUAACUUCGUUGGGAGGCUUCUGGGUCCUAGAGGCAAUUCAUUGAAGCGGGUUGAAGCCUCAACUGGAUGCCGUGUCUUCAUCAGAGGCCAGGGCUCCAUUAAAGAUCCUGAAAAGGAGGAGAGUUUGAGGGGUAGACCUGGCUAUGAGCACCUUAAUGAACCACUUCACAUCUUGAUUGAGGCUGAGUUGCCUGCAACAAUCAUUGAUGUACGUUUGAGACAAGCACAGGAAAUCAUCGAAGAGCUGCUCAAACCCGUGGAUGAGUCUCAGGAUUUGUACAAGAGACAACAGUUAAGAGAACUUGCUAUGCUAAACUCCAAUUUCAGAGAAGAUAGCCCGCAGCCCAGAGGCAGUGUGUCACCAUUCGGUUCAAGUGCCAUGAAACGGGCCAAAACUGAUCAAAUCGAAGAAGGGGAAGAUUCCGGUGAAGAUAAAAGUGGUAGUGUAUGGAUUAUCGCCGUUUCAGCAGAAGAUGAUGCGUGGUCUAUGGAAGGAACUCACCAAUAA